AUGUCUCGAACAAACACUACUCAGACAAACGGAACACAAGAUUCGCACUAUAGAGCAGAAAAGAAGCAAGAACAGAUGAUUGACGUUGACAAUGAUUACUUUGCGCUGAAUCCAUGGUACAACCAACAGAAGGACAAGCCGGUCUUUGGCCUGGCCGCACCGCUCCCUCACACUCUACGCAAGGGCAUGUGGUGGGGUAAAGGGGAUUUGCGUAAAUCUUUAUACAAGGUUGACGAAGAGAAGAAUGAUGAUGGCGUUGCGAGGCAAGACGGAUUGGAUUUCGAGGAAAAGACACGUCAGCCGGCACCAUCAGGGGGCGCCUCGGGAUUCAACGGCGACUAUUUUACCAGCCAGAACGUACGGACAGGUCUUGAUGACGAGUCCGACGGCUCUCAAGGAACGAUUGUAGGCGAGCCCGGGUCACAGGAUCCGGAUCGAUUCCAGACAACCAUCCACGGCCGUAGGGUUAAUGUAAGGCGACUACCGACGGCUGAAGCGGACGAAGUACUUGGCAAUCGCCACCAGAACCACGAGAGCCAGGACCAUGAGAGCCAGGACCACCGAGGCCAUCCUCGUGCGCCUGUCAAUGAGCACGGGUUGACUGAAAACCAGGGUAAUGGGACACAGCGCGGCCAAUUCGGUCUCCAGGAUGGUCUUCAUCCACUCAAGGAGGUCGGCACACACGAAACAUCAGAAACCCAGAAAGAGAAGCAUCGGGUGGAGCAGCGUGAACAUGAGGCGCAAAAAGAAUACUACGACCGCUAUCGUAAUCCAAUUGCCCGGCUCCGUGCCCAAUAUCCUCAGGCGCCGGCGGAGUUUCUUGCGACAUUCGUCUAUUUGUUCCUCGGUUUGACCACUAAUCUUUCAAUUGCUACUUCUCAAAACACUACCGGUAGCUUUGAGACACAGGCCUGGGGUUGGGGCUUCGCCGUCAUGAUCGGCAUCUACAUGGCCGGUGGUACGAGUGGUGCUCAUCUGAGUCCAUGCGUGUCAAUCUGCCUCUUCGUCUACCGCGGCUUUCCUUGGAGAAUGGCCGUUCUGUACAUAUGCGUACAAAUGUUAGCGGGACUCGCCGCUGGAGCCUUAGCAUUUGCAUUAUAUCGCGACGCCAUCUACGCCGUAGAUCCCGGGCUUACGCUAGAAAUUACCGGCUCAGCCAUUUUCCCCAAGGGCCCCGCUUUCUCGACCGUCACUGGCUUCUUCAACGAUUUCGUGUACAUGGCAGUGUGGAUCUGCAUUACCUUCGCGCUCGGAGACGAUCAGAACUCGCCGCCGGGUCAGGGUAUGACGGCCUUGAUCUUUGGUUUCGCUGGCUACCUGACCAUGGUCGCGUUGGGAUACAACACCGGUCUCGGGAUAUCUCCAGCGCGAGACCUCGGGCCCAGACUUGUGGCUUUGUGGGUAGGGUAUGACGAUGCGUUCAAAGGUGGUUACUGGGCAUAUGGACCUUGGUGCGCAUCUAUCAGUGGUGCGCUUUUUGGAGGGUUCAUCUACGAUCUACUGAUCUUUGUUGGAGGUGAGUCGCCAGUCAACUACCGGUGGCCACAGCCAGGAGACAUCAAGUGGAAGGUCAAGGAGAAGAAGGAGCAGACGAAGGAUAAGAUUCAGGGUAUUGCUUGA